UUCAAAUUAUUUUUGAACUAUCGUGUGAUGGAGCCCCGUUAAGUAUCAAGCCAUAGCGAACCCCGUUAAGUAUCAAGCCAUAGCAAGCCCCGUUAAGCAUCAUGUCCAACCAAAAGUUGGUAAAGUGACAAUGCUAUGGGGAAACAACCCGGUCUACGAGAGGGCGUUAAAGACGCAUGAAGAACACAGCCGCCGAUUAGGAUAUCCUCUAUUUAAACUACAGGCUCCAGUUCUUGAUGGUUUUUGGAACAAAAUGGCCAUCAUUCUAUCAGUUCUACUACAGGAGUUACAAAAGCCUGUGGAUGAUCGACUGGAGUGGCUGCUCUACUUCGAUGCCGACACUGUACUCAUGAAUCCCAACAUGCCACUGGAGACCUUCUUACCUCCGCCGCAUUUGCCGCACGUCCAUCUUCUUCUCUCCAAGGAUUGGAACGGAAUGAACAGCGGUGUCUUUCUGAUCCGCGUGCACCCAUGGUCUGUGCAAUUGCUUACUGCCACAACCGCCUACCCAAUCUACAACCCAAACGUCGAACUCCGCUGGUUUGACCAGUCAGCAAUGGGUAACCUUAUAAAGGAGAAUGAUUACUUCCGCCGAUCCACUGUAUACUGUCCGCUGCGCUGGUUCAAUGCCUACAUGAGAGCACCAAACGGACUAGACCUGAAUCCAGACUCCCCUUCACAUCUCCAGGUACAUCCUGGCGAUCUCCUGGUUCAUUUUCCGGGGACUCCCAAAGAGAAACUGGAUGAGACUUUGGGGCCAUAUAUGGCUAUAGCGGAAUCGCAUCGAGCGGAGUGGGAGCAGCCGUUGGAGAAUACAGGAUACAUAAAAGAGACAGAGUCAUUCUGGGAGGGCAUAGAUCCCCCCGAUUGA